GCAACGCUUCAGUUGGUAACCAACACAAAGCGCAAUUAUCAUAUCUUUAGUGUUUUAAGAAAGAUGGGACGUAAAAUUAGUGUAUCAUUAUUAUGUUUUACUGUGUUAUGCACUUCAUUGGCAUUUCAAGAGCACUGUGUAGACGACCAUAUCUGGCUAGAGGGGUCUUACGGCUGUGACUUGCUCAUGCGGGCCACUCACCACGGCUUCCACCACAACCGGCGCUACUGGUGCCACGAAUAUCCGCUCACCGAGUGUUGCGCCACCUGCAGGUGGCUAGAGGAGCGGAACCUGCUGGACGUGGUGGUGGUGGAGCCUGCCAACGUGGACGAGAUGAACAUGGAACCGCAAAUGAACAUACAGUCAGAUGGCAACCGGUAGUAGGAACCGGAAGUUGGAGUGGAGAGGGUGGUGUCUCAGAUUGAUGAGUUGUUGACAUGUGUGAAUUAUUCAAAACUGUGCUUUCUAACCAUUAUAAUGUGUUAUGUUAACAACUGUCUUAUGGUGUACUAGUCUGUGUGAGCCGGAGUGAGAAUGAGCGCGAUGUUGUGAGCUGGAAUAGAUUACCCAACAUUGAACGGUUUUUGGAUAGUACGGGUUUGUUCCCCUAGCUGGCGUCAGUUUUCCUUUUGUAAAAACAGAUAUUUGUAUGCGUGUUUGUUAAAUGUAAGAAAAUAUAUUUUUCCUUUA